AUGCCAUCCAAGAAGCAACCUUCCUCGAUGACCUACCCCUCCGCGCCUGGCUCCGACGUUCACCGCAGCGCGAGCUUCUGGUCGCUCCCCAGCUUGGUCUCGACGCCCGCCUGCUCCGUCCAGUCUGUCCAGACCCAGCGCAGCAAGGAUGGCCACGGCCGACUGGAGGUCCUGUUGGACUACCCAGCGCACUCGGAGAACACACGCGUGCUGGAGGAGGCAGACAUGUGGCGAUCUGAUCAGCUUCGCGUCAAGCUCUCCGCGAUGGCCCAGGCCUGUCGCGAGUGGGAGGGCGCGCUGGCAAAGAGCGUUUUGAUGGACCAUGCUCUAACUGAGACUGGCCCCGCGGCUGCCGACGAGGCUUUGAAGAUGCAACAGGUUCACGACGCGGCACUCCAGGCUGCUGCGGAGAAGAUCUCUGCCACCAUGAGCGAGCAUGCUCUGACCUUCGACAUCGUCGUCUCCGAGGAGACUGGCACUUGCGAGUGGACUUUGUUCAUGAGCGGCCUCUUGAUGGGCAAAGGCCUGGCGAACACCCCCAAUGAGCUGUUUACAGCGCGCUUCUACGAGAAUGAGAUGAAGAGCGUCAAGGUCAGCAGGUACUACCAGAGCAAGUACUGCGAGUGA